UAGAUACUAAUCAUGGUCGGGGGCACCAUUAACGACGAGUUUGUUUCUCCAGUCCCACCAGCAAGGUUAUGGAGGGCAGGCUUUCGGGACGUACGUGUCUUGGUACCGAAGCUCAUGCCUGAAGUUAUAGUUAGCAUUGACAUUCUUGAAGGAGAUGGUGGUGUUGGCACAAUCAAGAAAUUCAACUUCACUGAAGUUAUCAAGGAUUACAGAUUUGUGACGGAUCGUGUGGAAGUGAUGGAUGAUGAGAAGCAUGUCCUCAAAUACGUGGUGAUUAAUGAAGGUGGGCACCUAGGCACAAAGAUAAACUCCAUGUCUUGUGAAUUCAAGAUCGACCCCUCAAGCGAUGGAGGCUGUGUAACCAAGUUGAAAAUCAUCUACGACUCGGAUGAAGAUGGCCCCACAGCUGAGGCGUGUGCUGCGGAGACUAAGGAAGGAGUUGUGGGGAUGGUGAAGGUAGUUUUUGCCUAUUUGCAGGCUAACCCUGAUGCUUAUGUGUAGUAGCUAGAAUGGAUGGGUGGGCCAUGCAUACUUUAUGAUAGACGGUGGAUGUUUCAAUUUGAUCUACGUUAUUGUUGCAUGAUGAUAAUAAAAUGGUUUGUCCGU